AUGGUUACCAUUAAUAUGCAAUCAUGGCAAGAUCCGGCUUUUCCGGAUGUCUCGAUCCUUCAAGAAAUUACUGAGGAUAUUUUAGUAAACUUUCGAAAAUGUAAAGAACUAAAAGUUAUCAAAAAAGAUGAAUUAGAUCAACUUGAUAAACAGAAUAAUACAUUUAAUAAAUUAACUGAACGAAGGGCUAUGGAAUCCUUAAAAAUGUCUGAAUAUUUAGCUGAUGUCGUGAAAUAUCUACAAUUACUCUCAAAGGAAAAUGUGAAUGUUACUGUAAUUAAACAAUCUUUAGGAUUAUUAUUGAAAACGGCUAAAGUUCAAAAAGAUAAAUCUGAGGAAUUAAAGAAUGAUUAUACCUCUUUUUAUAAUGAAUUGAAUAAAGUUAAAAAGAGGCAACUGAAUACGAAUAUAAUGUUUUACUUAUUAGUAGGAUUAUUAGUUCUUAUAAUAGCCAUAGCUUGUAAUAUUUAUUUAUAUACAAAUUUAGGGCAUUAUAAUACUUUACAACAUUCGGAUUCUGCGGAAAAAACACUGGAUGAUUAUUCAUUAAACGACGCGUGUAGUUUUUGUAAAGAUAUUGAUCAUGUUAAAGAUGUAUGUCGUAUUUCAGAUCAUACGGAAAGUACACCUUAUAAUUUUUCUAUAAAUGAUGGCUAUGAAAUUUGUGGUCAUUUCUUUGAGGAAAAUUGUGUUACGAAAGAUGAUAGUUUAGGAUCCCAAAUUGUUUCUCUUGUAAAGACCCAAUUUUUUUCUAUUUCAAAUAUUGUUAAUUAUAGAAAUUUUGCUGAUCAACAUUGUAAAGUAAUAAAUCAAGACAUUCUGCAGAAUAAUAAAACAUUUUAUGAAAUUUGUGAAUAUUUAUUAGCGAAUCGAAAAGUUACUCUCAUGAUUAAAGGAUUGGUUAAUUGGAUAUUUCAACAAGAUAAUAAUGAUCAGGUCACCGCAUCAGAUAAAAGAGUGAAUUUUGUACAACAUAUUAAAGAUAGAUUUCCAGGAAUUAAUAGCAAUAUUAUUACUUUAAAUCAAUUUUGGAAAGCACAGAUUACUAUUAUCAAUGACCAUAUUUCGGUUUUUGAAUCUAUGAAUGCGAAUAAGAUCAAUUUACCAUAUCAACUUGUAGAUUUGAUUAUAAGGCUUUGGGAUGAAGAAUGCAAACGUUGUAAAAGUUGUUAUUAUAAAUUAAAUGAAAGCAUAACUUUAAAUUCUAUACUUGAGUAA